AUGUCUGCCGAAGCGGUGACCCGCAAACGCGGCCGCCCGCGCAAGACGCCCGCCGAGAAGGCAGACGACGCGCCCUCCACUGCCGUCACCAGGAAGAAAGCAGCCGCCGCGAAAAAGCCGCUGGACAUCGACGAUAACCAGGCAGAUCCCACGAAAGAGCCACCCAGGGCAGCGUCUUCUGGACGGAACCGAGCAUCAAAGAAGACGAAGGCCUCUGAUUCAGCAGAAACGCAGGGAGCUGGCCAGGAGCAGUCGUCGAGUGCAGAAAAAGCGACGAGGGCGAAUUCGUCGCAAGACAGCACUGCAGCUUCUGCAGCAGGCUCAUCAUCGUCAUCAGCAUCAUCAACAUCAUCACAGAUCUUAACGGAGAUCGAGAAAAGGUGGAAGGCGAAGGACGAAAAGGUUCGCAAUCAAGAAAGUUCUCCUGCGGCGGAACUAUCGGAUCACCAGCCAGAAAUUCCCACCGACGAAGCAACUUCGUCCAAGGACAGAGAUCAGAAAGGGUCCAGACCAGACCUGGAGUUUCCAGAAUCAGAGCAGAAACCUGAAGGGGUUUCGAAUCGAAGGAUUGCGCCAGCAGCUGAGUCUGCUACAGCAGCUCCUUCAAAGAUCAUUGAGGCUCUUGCGGUCGAGACUGCAAGCAAUCCUGUCGUUUCCGCCACGACACCAGAAAUAAAAGCGUCAUCGGUUCUGUCUUCGUCCAUGGCGAACCAACAGCCCCAGGUUUCCAGUUCUGCUUCGACCGCUGGCGCUUCCAGCCAGAGUGGUCCCUCCAGUCAAAAACCCAAGGUCCUUAGCCCUCAAGAGAUCAAAGAAUUGGGCUCACGGCGAACUCCUCCGCCACGGCCAAAGGACAUCCGACAGACGCCAGAGUACAAGGCUGCUGCGAGGAGAUGGACCUCGACCAUCGUUGCUCUGCCGAUUUUGUUCUACACCAGCUGGGUUCUGUAUGAGCGAGUAUACGGGGGCAAAAAACCGAAGCAUCUGAUCGACAGGUCUCAACCUCCGGCACAAACGAAUGAAAGCGAAAAGUGA